UAUGAUAGAGAAACUUGAACAGAGAAGCAAAAUUAGCCAGGGAUUUAGAUAAAUACUGUGGAUAUUUUAAUCCAGUCACUUCUUUACCUUUGUUCAUUUGAGUUCAUUUCAUAGUGCAAAAAACACACAUGGCAUUAUGAUUGUUGUUAAUAUGAGUGUAACCCAAUGCCUGUUUCUGUAUUUCUUUACAGUUCAGUUUUUACUGUAUCUGUUUUCAUAAUUGGAUUUAAGCCGGAAUUGAGCGUUUAUUUGUUUGGGGAUUUUUGCUUGGUUUUUUUUCACUACGCCCUGGACAAUUUCUGAAUUUUACCUCGGCUCUAACGUGCCAGAAUAAGUGGCUGUGGGGAUUUGUGUUCAUUCAGCUACAAGAGCAUUAGUGAGGUCAGGCGCUGAUGUUGGGAUGUCGAGGAGGUCUGGGGUUCAGUCGGUGUUCCAGUUCAUCCCAAAGGUGUUCAGUGGGGUUGAGGUCAGGGCUCUGUGCAGGACACUCGAGUUCUUCCGCUCCAACCUUCACACACCAUGUCUUCAUGGAGCUCGCUUUGUGCACAGGGGCAUUGUCAUGCUGGAACAGGUUUGAGUCUCUUAGUUCCAGUGAAGGGAAACUGUAAAGCUACAGCACACAGAGACGUUCUGUACAAUUUGUGUGCUUCAGACUUUGUGGUAAGAACCACAUGUGGGUGUGAUGGUCAGGGGUGCACAUACUUUUGGCCACAUAGUUGUUGUUUUUUUUAAUUAGCAAUUUGUACAUAUUUAAGUUUGAGUAAACACACCUUUCUCUGCUUUUAUCUCUUUCAUCCUCUGAUUUUUUAUUCUUAUUUUAUUUCUAUUUUUCAGUCUCGUUUUUGUGUUAUUAGUAAAUUUUCCUUUCUCUCUUUCAUCCAUUUUUCUUUCUUUCCUGUCUUCCAUUCUGUCUUUUGUCCUCCCAACCUUUCACUCUUUUUUUUUUCUCUUUUAACUUUUCUCACAUUCUAUGUCCAUGCCUUUCUACCUUCUCUUCUUCCUGUUUUCAUUCUUCUUUAUCUCCCUCCUAUUCUUAUUUCAUUACUUCCUCCAUCACUUUCAGCUCCUUACAGGCAGUGUGAGUUACAAAUUUAGUUGGUGCAAGUGGCACAAUUAUAAAUAUUUAAGUGUUUUAAAUUACACUUGGUGUUUUGAUUGUUUUCACAGGCCAAAAAAGAGAUCCAACAAAAAUAAGCUAGAACGCAUAUUCAAGGAGGUGGAACACAAAGUGAUUACUUUGGUAAAGAAUGAGCUAAAGAGGCAGAGGAACCUAUGGAGUUCAGAUUACCCAGCAUGCUCUGAGACGGAAUUGGAGGAUGAUCCCAUUGUCAGAGAGGCGUUACUGAAGAUCACAACACGUGUCCUCAAGAAGAUGAACCAGACAGAUCUUGCUAAAACACUGCAGAAGGAACUGGUCUCUAUAUAUCAAGAAAAGCAUAAAUUCAAAAUGAGAGAAGAGUUUAAAAGAAUUUGUGAAACCUGCCUGGAACCACAGCCUGGAGCCCCGGCACCUCUGAAUGAGAUCUACACAGAGCUCUACAUCACAGAGGGUUGGAGUGGAGACGUCAAUAAAGAACAUGAGGUGAGACAGAUUGAGACAGCGUCCAGGAGACCAGCAACACAGGAGACACCCAUCAAAUGUAAUGACCUCUUUAAAGACAAGUCCAUCAGACGUGUGCUGACUAAAGGAGUAGCUGGAAUUGGAAAAACAGUCUCUGUGCAGAAGUUCAUUCUGGACUGGGCUGAAGGAAAAGCAAAUCAGGACGUCACCUUCAUGUUUCCACUUCCAUUGAGGGAGCUGAAUCUGAUGAAGCUGAAGACUCUCAGUUUGAUGAAUCUUCUCCAUCACUUUUUCCCAGAAACAAAUGAACUACAGUUAAUAAACUGUGAGGCCUAUAAAGUUCUGUUCAUCUUUGAUGGUCUGGAUGAGUGUCGACUUCCUCUAAAUUUCCAGAACAAUGAGAGUUUGUGUGAUGUGACAGAGUCAGCUUCAGUGGAUGUUCUGCUGACAAACCUCUUUGACGGCAAUCUGCUUCCCUCUGCUCUCCUCUGGAUAACCUCUCGACCUGGAGCAGCCGAUCAGAUCCCUCCUGAGUAUGUAGACCAGGUAACAGAGAUACGGGGGUUCAAUGAUGCUCAGAAAGAGGAGUACUUCAGGAAGAGGAUCAGUGAUCAGAGUCUGGCCAAUAAAAUCAUCACACACAUGAAGUCUUCAAGAAGCCUCUACAUCAUGUGCCACAUCCCAGUCUUCUGCUGGAUCUCAGCCACUGUUCUAGAGAGAAUGUUGGGUGAAGCAGAGAGUGGAGAGAUCCCCAAGACUCUGACUCAAAUGUUCACACACUUCCUGAUCUUUCAGAUCAAACACAAGGACCAAAAGUACCAUCAGAAAUGUGACCGUGAUCCUCAGCAGACCAGAGAGAGUAUCCUGGCACUGGGAAAACUGGCUUUCCAACAGCUGGAGAAAGGAAACCUGAUCUUCUAUGAGGAAGACCUGAGUGAGUGUGGCAUUGAUGUCAGAGAAGCGUCGGUGUAUUCAGGAGUGUGUACCCAGAUCUUCAGAGAGGAGUUUGGGCUUCACCUGGGGAAGGUGUUCAGCUUUAUUCAUCUCAGUGUUCAGGAGUAUCUGGCUGCUUUAUAUGCAUUUCUCCACUUCAUCGACAAAAAUCUAACAGAACAACAAACCACUGGUCUGUCCGAUCUUUUCAACAAGUCCAACAUGUCUGAUUUUCUCAAGUUUGCAGUGGACAAGGCCUUAGAGAGUGAGAAUGGACACCUGGACCUUUUCCUCCGCUUUCUUCUGGGUCUCUCACUGGAGUCUAAUCAAACUCUCUUACGAAACCUACUGCCCCAGACAGGAAGCAGCUCUCACAGCAAAGAGGUAACAGUCAAGUACAUCAAGGAGAAGAUCCAGGAGAAUCCCUCUAUAGAAAAAUCCAUCAACCUGUUCCACUGUCUGAAUGAACUGAAUGAUCAGUUUAUAGUUCAGGAAGUCCAAACGUACCUGAAACCUGGAGGUUACAAUUGUCUCCGUAACACCAAUUUCUCUUCUAUUCAGUGGCAAGCAUUGGUGUUUGUGUUGCUGAAUUCAACACAGGAGCAUGAGGAGUUUGAUUUGAGGACUUAUGACCGAUCAGAGGAAUGUCUUGUAAGGCUUCUCCCAGUGGUCAAAGAAUCCAGAAAAGCUAUGCUGUGUGGUUGUAAUCUCACAGAGACAAGCUGCAGAGUUCUGUCCUCGGUUCUCCGCUCAAACUCCUCCAGGCUGACAGAACUGCACCUGAGUGAAAAUAACCUGCGUGAUGCAGGAGUGAAGCUGCUCUCAGAUGGACUGAAGAGGCCAGAAUGUAAACUGGAGAUACUGUGGCUGGUGCAUUGUGGCAUUUCAGAUGAUGGCUACGUCGCUCUGGCUUCAGCUCUGAGGUCAAACUCCAAGUCAAACCUGCGAGAAUUACAUCUGGACCGCAAUGAACCUGGAGACAGAGGAGUGAAGAUGCUGCUUGAUCUCCUGAAAGAUACAACUUGCAAAUUGCAGAAACUACUCAUUGAGACUGACCCCUACGAGCUGGAUAAGGAGUCCCACUCCUCAUAUCUUCGCAACAAGCCCUCAAACUCCGACACGGAUUUAGCUGAUUUUGUCAUAUCACAAAAACGCGAUGCAAAAAAACCAUUUUGACAGCCGACACUUUGUAUUAUAAGAUGUGUUGGGGACAUACCAAAUACUGAGAAAUUCUGAAAUUCAAGUAAAUAUUUCUACUUUUCACUGAAGUUAUUGCUGAUAAUAUCAUUUGUAAUGAAAAACUUUGUGUUAAAUAAAAAAGAAGGUCAAACAGAA